CACCCGUACCCCCAAACCCUUUCUCCUUUUCGCGCUCGCUCGUGACUCUGGAAGUUCGGCCUAGUAGAGUCGGUCUUAUCGAUUAUCAACAUUCCACUACAUUCCUCCAAAACUAGGACAUUACUUGUUGUCAUUGAUUUUGUCGCUUGCUACCUCUGUGUAAAUUCCCUGAAGUGUUGAACUUGUUUCAGAUAGGUCACACCAUUUUGAAAUCCUGAGACUUCGAUACUUGUUUGCUUGCUUGAUUGCUUGAUUGCUCACCUCGUCCACUUCGAUCAUCCUUCUGCUUUCAAUGUCUUCUUACCAAUUCGAAGAAUUGAACCAGUUACAGCGGGAAAUAAUUGCAGAGAAUCCCGCUGAUAUUUUGCAAUUCAGUGCAAAUUUCUUCAGCAACAAAUUGGCUUUGCAAAGGGCACACGCAUGGCAAUCCCAAGCUAGAGCGAAAGCCGCUGGCAUCGAGUUGUUCCCCAACACCAGCUCUGUUUCACCCGGGAUCAUGGGAUCAUUCAAAACUCCCACCUUUCGCCAGCCGUCUUUCAAGUCUCCUUUCGACGAUAACGACCCACACUCUGACCACGCAAAAGACCACCAUGAUGACGGCUCUUCGAAGAAGAAUGAAAGUGUAGGGGGGCUCUUCAAGAACAACUUUGGUCAGAGUCUUGGGUCCAAAGAAAGCGUCCAUCCUGAAACGGAUCCUGCAGAGUCCUCAGCUGGGGAUAAGUCCGAAACAAAGCCUAUAAACAAACUCCCUCGGACAUUCAAUGCGAACAGAAGAGUUUCUGUUUCUGCAGAGGCCAUGAACCCAGAUGAGUUCAAGUCGGACUCGUGGAAACCUCCCGUGAACGAUUUGAAUCCUCAGCAAAGAGGGGAAUUGGGCAAGACGUUGUCCCUGAACUUCUUGUUUCAACAAUUGGACUCCAACUCUAAGUCUACAGUUUUGUCCGCGUUAAUCAAAAAGAACUUUCUGAAGGAAACCGAAAUCAUCAAGCAAGGUGAAGUCGGAGACUACUUCUACAUUAUUGAAUCGGGUGUGGUAGAUUUCUACGUGAACGGUUCCAAGGUCAACACUUCGGGAGAUGGCUCGUCGUUUGGCGAAUUGGCAUUAAUGUACAAUUCUCCAAGAGCUGCAACUGCGGUAGCCGCCAGCGAUGUGACCUGUUGGGCAUUGGACAGAGCGACUUUCCGUCGUAUUUUGUUGGAAGGGACUUUUAAUCGUAGAAUCAUGUACGAAGAUUUUUUGAAGGAUGUCAAAGUGCUCCUGGGGCUAACUUCCCAAGAAAGGUCAAAAUUGGCUAGUGCCUUGAGCACAGAAAUUUACUCAGCUGGCGAGGAGAUUGUUACAGAAGGCGAGGUGGGUGAGAAGUUUUACCUCAUUGAAUCAGGGACAUGUGUUAUUUCGAAGAAAGGAGAAGGUGUGAUUGGUGAAAUUGGAAAAGGCAAAUAUUUUGGAGAGGUUGCUUUGUUGAACGAUUUACCUAGACAGGCGACGGUGACAGCUGCGAACAACGUGAUCGUCGCUACCUUGGGCAAGUCUGGAUUUACCAGAUUAUUGGGUCCUGCCCUCGAUGUAUUGAGGAAACAAGAUCCAACAGCCAACUAACCAGAAAGCAAACUUGAUGUAUGUUAUAGCUGACCCAAUAAACAGUAAUUAGAAUAAGAUGCUACUUCACUCGUGUUCCUGCAAUCUGGUACCAAUUGUCGCACGGUGCGGAAGUCACCCCACGAGAAAUAGACUCUUGCAAGAACAGACUGUCAACAACUUACGUAUGCUUCCAUUUGUCCUGUUACUUCCGCCCUCAACUGCGAAGGGCGGGUAUUUACCACACUGGCUUCUCUUUAUUUC